GACGCCGCGCCGGAUCCCGAAGGUGGCGUUGACACCUCCCGGAGACCUGUCCUGAAGGACACGCGGCGCGCCAAGCGCGCCGCAGACCACAGGCCACGGCCGAACUCCGUGAAGAAGUCCAGGAAUCCUCAGGCCAAGAAGGCAGCCAAGACCUAA